AUGGCGGAGCAUCCUCCUCCUAGCGAUGACAUUCGUGACACGGGAAUCGAUGUUAUUGUCGUCGGCGCUGGCUUUGCAGGUAUUGCUUGUGCAGUCGAAUGCAAAAGAAAGGGUCACCGUGUGAUGAUCCUCGAGAAAGUGCAUGAAUUGAAGCAACUAGGCGACAUGCUGAGUCUUGGCGUAAAUGCUAGUCGCAUCCUGGCCAGAUGGGGUCUCCAUGAAAAAUUGUGGGGCGUCGCUGAUUCCGCAGGCGAAAUCCACAUCCAUGAUUACCUCGGAGACCUCGUUCAAGUGCAAAAAAUGUCCUAUCCGCUCUUCGGAGCGUUUCCUUACAAUGGUCAUCGAGCGGUUAUCCACGAAGUCCUGUUUGAGCAUGCGAAGUCCUUGGGCAUCGAGAUUCGCAUGGGACAUCAGGCCGUCGAAUAUUGGGAGGACGAAGCGAAUGGAAAGGCUGGUGUCAAAAUCCAGACAGGUGAAACGUUUGAUGCCGAUGUCAUUGUUGCUGCAGAUGGUGUGAAGAGUUUGGCGAGAAAAUUCGUUAUUGGGUACUGCGACAACCCAAAACCUUCUGGAUAUGCUAUUUACCGAGCGUGGUUUGAUGCUGAAGAACAUGGUAUUACGACAGACCCAUUGACAGACUUUCUGAGCGUUCAUGGAAAUCAAGUUCACGCGUGGAUUGGUGGAGAUAUGCACUUUUUGGCUAUUUCCUCUCAAGGAGGGAAAACUAUCUGUUUCUUUCUCACUCACAAAGAUAACGCAGCUGUUGAUGGCGAUUGGUCAUCCCCGGGUAAGAUAGAAGACGUACUUGAUCUUUUGAAAGACCGCGACCCGCGGUGCGCCGCGAUUGUCUCCAAAGCUCCCUCGUGCAUCGACUGGAAGCUUCUUGUACACGACCCCCUUCCUACUUGGGUCAGCAAAUCUGGUCGGGUAGUAUUGAUUGGCGAUGCGGCUCACCCAUUUUUACCAACAAGCGUGCAAGGCGCAUCUCAAGCCAUUGAGGAUGGUGUAACUCUAGCAGUUAGUCUGAACCUUGCUGGCAAAGACAACGUUCGAUUGGGAACGAGGACAUGGGAAUGCAUGCGGUACCAACGGGUGCAUGAUGCACAGAUGUUGGGUGUGACUACGCGUAAUCUAUGGCAUGGGGCGAAAGCUGGCGACUCCGGGAACAAAUUCGAACUUCCCAUGCCAGAGUGGUUGAUGGCGUUCGACGCUGAGGCGCACGCAUAUGCCGCUUACGACGGAAUAGCGCGAACUAUAGUUGAAGAGGGUUAUCGUCUGCCAUCUCUUGAAGAGGUGAAAGAAAGCCCUGGAUAUCUUGGACGGAUCGCUUGUGGCGCCGGUCGAGCGAAUUUAAAGGGACUGCUCUACCUCGAUGAAAAUUUAAUAAGGAUAUAUAUCACGUGA